UGAAACUAGCUAACGGGAGCUACUAACGUUUGCUAACCAUGUUAUAAACUUUAUGUGUGUCCUAAACUUCAAGUUAGGCUUUGCCACAAUGUUGUUGUAACUUUAGAACUUAACUGCUGUCGUUGCAGCUUAGUUAACGUUGUCACAGAGGUUGCUAGGUGAGGCAACCACAGCUAACUAGAGGUUUUAAGUUAACUUCGAGCUUUGAUAAACACUGACGGCAUCACUUCCAACCAGAUGGAGCCUUCGUUGGGGUCUCUGCAGAAUCCAGACCUAAGAGCUUCAGGAGCUGAUGAGACAAAUUGACAUCAUGAUCAACCAUCAGAAGAGGGAAUGGGAGGCUGAGAUUCAGGCCAUGGAGCUCAAGCUGAAAAGUGGGGAAGAGGAGCUGUUGACUUCCAGGAAUCUGGUUGAACGGAGGGACCUGGAGAUUGGAUUGCUCCACAAGCAGCUAGAAGAGGUCCAGCCUUGUCGACAAGAGUUAGUGAAUAAGUACGAACAGCAGCUGCAGCGAGUCCGGGAAGAGUUAGAUAAGUUAAAGAGAAGUUAUCUCAAGCUUCAGCGCAAACAGCUCAAGGAGACCAGUGGAGGAGCAAAAAGGCAAGAGGCAGACCGCUCAGAGGUGACCCGACUCAAUGAAAAGAUUGAGGACUAUCAACAGUGCUCUUUAGAAUGGGAGCAGCAGCGUAUCCAAUACCAAAAACAACUGACAGCGCUGGAGGCCCAAAACAAGAGCCUGAUUGAUGAGCUCACACACAUGAAAUCCCAGUGGGCGCAAAAGGAGAGGGAGCAUAGAGGGUGCUGUUCAGAGGUGCAGCAUGUGCGUAUGCAGCUGGAGAAGGCUCAGGGCAGCAUGCACUCCCAGGAGCUCGAACUUGAACGCCUCCGACCGCUGGAGAUGUGGCUGGGACAGUACCACAGAGAGCAGCAGGUCCUUUCAGAGGAAAGGGAGGAACUCCACGCCUCGCUGGACUCCCAGGAUACGUUUGUCCGGAGAGCCAGCCUCGAACGCCAAAGGCUUCGUAAUGAAGCUGCCAGACUCAACCAAGCACUGCAAGCUAAAGAUCAAGUCAUUCGCUCUCUAGAGGACUGCCUGGCAGCUCAGGGCUGUGCUGGUGUGGAAACCCUUAGCCAAGAUCUGGAGAAGACUGCAACCAAGCUCCACUGUGCCAAAGCAUGUGAGGCUCAUCUCAAGGCCGAGCUGAAGUGUCUCAAAGACAGACUGGAGAAGGAGAGCAGACAGAGAGCUGAGGCACAAUGCAACUCCUCUGUUGCUGAAAUGAAAAAGCUCAGAGAAGAUCUCCAAAGGGCCAGGCAGACCCACAGCGGCGAGCUGGAGGGAAUGAGGAAGGAGGUGUCCAAGUUGACGGCUGAGCUGCACCAACGUGACGCCUCCAUCGCCGCCGUGAAGGGCUCCUCAUCCACCAUCAUACAGCAGCUCCGUGGCGAGGCGGAGCGGGCGGAGCAGAAGGCGGCUGAGCUUAAAAUGACUCAGGCACAGCUGGAGACUCUUCAGACUGAGAACCAGCAUCUGAAGGGUCUGCUCCAGAGGCUGGAGUCUCAAUCACCGAAGAGGGGGGAUUCCUCGCUUCCUUCCCUGAGGGAAAGCUACGUGUCGUCUCUGAGCAGCAUGGAACAAGAGAACCGGCAGCUAAGGCAGGCGAUUGGAGAGAUGCAGGCCCGACUCGAGGUCUCCAACCAGACCUGUCAAGACCGAUAUGAACGAGCCCUGCUCAGCCACGCCAUGACGGACCAACCACAACCUGCUCCGGACAGCAAUGAAGAUACCAGACAUCCCAAACACAGGGAGGAGAUGCAGAGAGAGUCCAGGGAAAACAUCACGUCCUCUCCUACAGUGGAGUCUCUGUCAGUGUCACCGGUUGACGGCAUGCUCUCUCAUUUCCUGGAUAAAGAGAGCUUUCUGGCCGAGGCGCUGGUCCAGAGACUGGACACCCACGUCCAGGGAUUGACAGAAAACAGCAUCAGGAUAGUGUCCAAGUACCUGCCAAGUGGCUCAGAGUCUGCCCAGACCUCAGCAAAGAAUGGUUACUGAUGGAGCGAGGUGGAAUAAAUCUGCGGGGGAAAGGUGCCUUGAACAGCAAUGUGGAAGACUGUGCUCUUGUGUGCGAUGGCGAAUGACAUUUGACCUCAUUUGACUGAACUUAAGAGACGUCUAUUUUAUAUGCAAAGUUUUAGCUUUACUAAGCCUUUGCCUUUGACUCCACCAAACUGUCAGAGCAUCGUUACCAUGGAGCCCACACUGUCAGUAACUGCACACGCUGAAGAAAAUAUUAUCUAGUUUUUGGAAAAACAAAAAAGGAACAUACAGAAGAGUCUACAAUAUGUGUUUAGGAUAUAUCCAGGAUGUAAAACUGAUUCAGCAGUGAAAACAGGUUAACAAGAUAAAGAUAGAAGCUAAAGCUACAGAUCACAGUGUAACAGUGAACCAUUCCUUCACCUGCUGAUCAAGACAGAAGACAUCAAAUUAAGGAACAACCCUGUUCCUGUAGAGCAGGGAAGCACUUUAUUCACUGUUAAAAUCAUUAAAAAGCAAAAGCAGCAUGUGUACACAUUCAGUAUACCUUCAGUAGCUAGCGUAGCAUAGACCUGCUGACGCUAGUUAAUGAUGUGCUAACUGCUUAUGUUAGCUCCACAGGUUUUUAGGUAGAAAUGUGUAUAUAUAUCGCCUUCCAAAAUCUCCAGGUAGAGACUAUCACUAUUACACAGCGUUUAACCAUGAUUAGCUCCAACUAGCCUGAAAAUGAAGAAAACCUGAAACAAUCGCAUGAGAGUCUAUGGAGCAGAGACUAUUAGAUGUCAGUCCCCGGUCGAGCUGGCCGAUGCUAUGCUAUGGUUGGCCAAACUGCCAGACUUAGCAAAGGGAUGGCCAGAAGAAGAGGAAUUGCACCGCAGAGUGCAAGAGUGUUUUUUAUAGGAACUGUCAAAAGGAGCAAUUGUAAUUCAACAGUUCCAGUCUGUACAGGGCUUUAGCCUGCGCUAUGACCUCACACACACCCUGGCCCACUCCGUCCCCACCGUGAAGGCCUUAAUGCAUGAGGUAACACACAGGACAUAGUAUUAGUGUUGCGUAGCUGAUUAGAUCAGAUUGUUAGCAUGUGACUUUUUUUUCUUAUCUUUAUCAUGUAUUUAUUUUAUCUGUGUUUUUCACUAGAGGAACAUUUUUGUCCCGUAGCAUCAAGCUUAUCCAAAGGUUGACUGAUUAAACGCUUUGCAUCACUUCAUGUCUUAUUCAGCUUACAAGCAUAGCAUACUGUCCCUUGCAACAAAGGCCAUGUCAUCGGUGUUUGUAAUCCAAAUAAAAGAUAACAGAAAGACGAACAAACUAGACUACCAUUUGACAGCCUGGAGAAGCUGUUUAAAAGGUCUAAUUAUGGGCUGGUACAGUUUUGCUUUGCUUUUCGCUGCCAUUGUUUUUGCUUUAGGGCUGGCAAUUGUUUUAAUCAUCAAUUAAUCUGCCAAUCGUUUUUACUCAUAAAAUCUUUAUUUGUUCAGUUUAUAAAGCUUCCGAAAAAUGUUCAGUUCAUUUUCAGUAAACUAAGGAGAAGCGGAAAAUCCUCUCAUUUGAGAAGCUGCAACCGCUUAAGUUCUGCUUUAUUUAAAUUUGUUGGUGCAUUUUUGCCUUUUAUGUGACAUUAUAAAGACUGAGAUUGGAAAUGGGGGUAGAGAGAUUAGCAUGACAUAGAGAAACAUUCCAUGACUUGAAUCAAACCCUGGACAUUGAUGUACUGUGGCAUGCGCUGUAACGACAAUCAAAACAGUUUAUUCAUUUUCUGAUGCUCUUCCUUUCUAUAUUCAAAUAAUAGUUUCAGCUCCAGUCAGCUUGUAAUCUUUUGGAAUUGCGAAAAUAGAAGAAACCUGCACUAUAUUCGUGAAUUAGUGUCACAGACUGCUUCUGUCGCAAAUUCAAGCUCAAGGACAUAACGCAAACGGAAGGUUGUGAUGGUCAGCAACAGCUCAACUGUAUUGACUGCUCAUAAUUUUAAUUUUUUCAUUUGAGUUAAGCCAAAUAGUGUCAGAAACGCCAGAUGUGUGGUCUCUUCUCAUGACGUUUUAUGUGUUGUUGCAUUCCAUUGCAGCCCCGAUGACAUCUGACCUCCCUGUGAUGCAGUUGGUAACUGUGCUUGAUUUCCUGCACGUUCACUUUUCGAUCCAUCUGAGCUGACUUCAACAUACUGCGAGGAGGCCUUGUUGUUACCCACCUGUCUGUCACUGCUGGAUUUUAUUAUAAAAACCACGGAGGAAAUACGCCUCAGCCGUGCUUUUAAUCGAUUGAAACAGCCUGAAGGAAUUCUGGACCACUCAUAUUUAUGUGACCUUACAUAACUGCUUGCUGAAUCCCACCUGGAUUACUUGCUGUGGAGGGUCCUUUUACACUUUUCCCUGUAGGACGCUGCACAUUCCAAUUUAUCAAGUUGCCUGGAACUCUGUGUUAACACAUUUUUGCAUUUACAUCCAGAGAAAAGAAUGUUGCUGUGAGCCAAAGGAGCGUCCGUCCUCCCUGCACGCCUGUCCUAACUGUGAAAAAUACCACAUAUGUACAUGUCUGUCCAGACAUCCUGGACAGCAGGGAGGGAGAGGAGGCAGCUUUAUGCUGUAGCUCUCCUCAUGGUCUCUCAAACCCCCCCCACACCACCACCUCCACCAUCGCCGCCCUGCAGAGGCCCUCUGGCUAGUCAAGUGCAGGAAUGCAUGCACUAUGCCAAUGCUGUCAUGAACCUUCCCCUGCGGCCCUCUUUGUCCUCAUCAUUAGAAAGCUGUUGGAAUGUUAAUAUCAACCAUGUGGGGCGCUCAACCUCACAAACACUGAAAGGCCAUGGGGGGAAUAGUUCUAUUUUACUGCUUCCCUAAUGAAGGACACUGAUAGAAUGGAAAUAAAA